CCACACGUGUGGGGAGUGGGUGAUGGCAAAUUUUCGUCAGAAUAAAAACAGAGAGAAGAACCCUACGGCCUGUUGGGUAUGUCCCUCUGUUUUCUCUCCGUAUAAGACCCAGCAAAUUCCCAAACAAAACUGAAACAGAAUUUGCAGACUCUCUUUCAGUUUUAGCUUUUUCUAUAUCUAUAUUUAUAUAUAUAUAUAUAACACUGCUACCCGAUAAAGAAGAUAAAACAGAGUGAAGAAAACAUGCCUGCAAGUUUAGACCCUUUGGAUGUUGGUGUUCAGAUUCCAUACCAUUUUCGUUGUCCAAUCUCCUUAGAGCUUAUGCGAGAUCCGGUCACCGUCUGUACCGGUCAAACUUACGACCGCCAAAGCAUUGAGUCCUGGGUCGCCACCGGCAAUACUACUUGUCCGGUGACAAGGGCGCCGCUCAGUGAUUUCACUCUUAUUCCAAAUCAUACUCUUCGCCGCCUUAUACAGGAGUGGUGUGUUGCGAACCGAGCUUUCGGAGUUGAGCGGAUUCCGACGCCGAAACAACCGGCUGAUCCAUCGUUGGUUCGGUCAUUGCUGAAUCAGGCGGCGGCUCAGUCGAAUCAUAUGAAUUCUAGGGUUGCAGCGUUGAGGAGACUCAGAGGACUAGCUCGUGACUCGGAUAAGAACAGGUCUGUUAUUUCGGCGAACAACGCACGGGAAAUUCUUCUAGCGAUUGUAUUCUCCCGUAUGGAUUCGGAUUCAUCAGAGUUGAAUCACGAAUCUCUCGCGAUUUUAUCCAUGUUUCCGCUCUCUGAACCGGAAUGCGUUUUUGUCGCUUCCGAUCCGGAACGAGUUAGUUACCUUGUUGCUAUGCUUUUUCAUCCUUCCAUCGAUGUCCGAGUCAACUCAGCUGCUUUGAUUGAGAUUGUAGUCGCCGGAAUGAGAUCCCCGGAGCUCCGUGCUCAAAUCAGCAAUGCGGAUGACGUCUUCGAAGGAGUCGUCGGAAUUUUGAAUUAUCCAUUGGCGUAUCCGAGAGCGUUGAAAGUUGGAAUCAAGGCAUUAUUUGCUUUAUGCCUAGUGAAACAACACCGUCAAAGAGCGGUGAGCGCCGGAGCGGUGGAAGCGCUCAUCGACAGGCUACAGGAUUUUGAGAAAUGCGAUGCGGAAAGAGCACUCGCCACAAUCGAACUCCUCUCCAGAAUUCCAUCAGGAUGCGCAGCGUUAGCAUCUCACGCGCUAACGGUGCCUCUGCUGGUUAAAAUUAUUCUCAAGAUAUCAGAGCGUGCGACGGAAUACGCCGCCGGAGCUCUGCUAUCGCUUUGCUCAGCGUCGGAACAAGCUCAGAAAGAGGCGGUCGCCGCCGGCGUGUUGAUUCAGCUUCUGCUGUUAGUUCAAAGCGAUUGUACAGAACGUGCGAAGCGAAAAGCACAAAUGCUUUUGAAGCAGCUUCGCGAUUGUUGGCCGGAGGACUCCAUCGCCAAUACAGAUGAUUUUGCCUGCAGCGACGUCGUUCCGUUUUGACAACCUCUCUUUUACCACCCCCUAAUUUUUGUAAUUCGAGGUAAAAAAAAAAAAAGUAAAAAAAGCCAAGUGUCUAAAUUUAGUAAAUAGAUCAUUAUUCCAUGUAUGUAUUUUUGUACGUAAGAUAACCAUUUUUUUUUGGGCUGGAAA